AUGACCAGCCCAAAUUAUUCAGAUCCGUCACAAGCUACUACAUAUGCUGCUCCAGAACAAGCACAAUCUGAUCAAAAACCACACAUGCAGCCACAAGUACAAGUACAAUAUGUUCUUCCGCCAAAUAUGCAGCAAGGAGGGCCGGUACUAUUUGGUCAGCAGUCGGGUGGACAAAUCUUUGUUCAGCCUAUUGGUUAUGUCGACCCUUCGAGUGCUCAAAUUUGUGAUUGGUUGCCGUGGUCAAUCACCAAUAUCUUUGUUGGCUGGUGUCUUCUUGGAUUGCUUCCAUUAAUCUUCAGUCUCAUCUGUCGAAGUCGCAAAACUUCCAAUGAUGCAAGCGGCGCAAGAACAAUGAGUACAUUAGCACUCAUUUUUAACAUUUUGGUGACGUUAGCAGGACUUGCUGCGUGGAUUGUAUUAAUCAUUGUAUUGGUAACUAUCAAUAAAGCAACUUCUAAUGUCACCUGUUAUCCUUAUUGCUAA